AUGAGAUGGGGUCAUAAAGCUAACCCGGAUAGGUGGUUCAUAAACUUACAACCUCAAUUCCAAGAAGUUGUAGACGCAAUGGAAGUCAAUGGUGAACCAGAUAUAGCUGGUAUUUUCAGCGCGGCUUUAAUGCCAUUGAAAGAUAUGAAAGAUGCAGAUAUUUUGGACCAGUAUGAAAUGAACAUGGCUGAUGGAAAUAUAACACCUGACGUUCUAGAACAUUUAUCUCAAAGAACUACACAGAACCAUAGAGAUGGUAUAUUUGGUGAAGAGUUUAGAAAGAAAGUUAGGGAGAUAGAAGGAAGAGAACCUAUUGUACAUGACCUUGCAAACGAAAGUUUACAAAAUGUCAUAAAAACUUACUUUGCAGACAAUGAACCGAGAAGGGAUGAAUAUUUAAGAAAACUCAAAUGGACAGUACCAAAUGAAAUGUUAGUAUUGAAAAACAUGUUCCUUGACAAAAUAAAACCAACUACAGAAAUAAACGACGCAAGACUGAAAGAUUGGGUAAAAGCUUUCCCAUUCACAAAAGAUAUAGUUGGUAACAUGGAAAGAAAACCAGAAUGGCUACAAAAACAUAUAUUUGGAAACGAGCAUAUUCCAUAUGGACAGGCACUGUUUGAAGAGCUUGAACCGGAAACUCAGGAAAGAGUCAUGCAAACAAUACGCGAAGACUCAAAUACAAACUAUGACAAACUCUUUCUAGGAUAUAGGUUACCUGAGAUGGGCGACCAGAGCCAAAAGGCAAAAAGGACAUGGGAAAUUUGCAACAUACUAGAUGAACAUAAUGCAAAGAUGCAACAACUUCAAGCAGAGGGCAAUGAAGGAAAAAGAAGAGUUAAAAACUCAGUCAGGAAGAAAGUAAAGCUUGGUCCACGUGGGUUCUAUUAUGACAUAUAA